AUGAAUCCUAUGGGAAAGCAAUACCACUUGUUGUUCAUCUUCUUUUUUCUUUACUCUCUGAUAUUUACUUCAGUACUUUAUGUCACAGCUCGACCAUUGUUGAAUGAACCAAGCCAGGUAAAUCAAAUGAGCCCACCAACAAAGUUAGUGACGACAUUCAAGUCAAGUCCGGAUAAAGGGAAAAGAUCACAAGACUUGCAUAAAACUAUUGGUUGGGUUAAGCACUCUGGACCCAGUCCCGGAGAGGGACACAAAAUCCAUCGAUGCUCUGUCCAUCUCGCGAUCGGCAGCGGCGCAGUUGCAAAUGUGUUGUUGUGGAAGAAUUGGUUUGGGAGUGCUGCUCUGCUUAUCGGUUCCACCGCCCUUUGGUUACUAUUUGAAAGAGCAGGCUAUAAUCUCUUAUUAGUUAUUUCAAAUGUCUUAUUGUUGCUUGUAGUGAUGUUGUUCUUCUGGGCCAAAUCUGCAUUAUUUCUCAAUAGACCUCUGCCUCCUGUUCCUAAUCUGGACAUUUCCGAGGAAUCUGUUGUGAAAGCUGCAGAUGAGAUGCGAGUUUGGGUAAAUCGAGCAUUAUCCAUUGCACACGACAUUGCCAUUGGUGGAAAGUUGGGACUGUUUGUUCAGGUCUUUUUAGGCUUGUGGAUGAUCUCCUACAUUGGAGGUUUCUUCAACUUCCUUACCCUGUCUUAUAUUGCGGUUCUUCUUAGUUUAUCACUACCUGUCUUGUACGCCAAAUACCAAAAGCAAAUCGAUGAAAAGCUGAUUAUAGCGCGUCAGAUUAUUCAGACACAGUACCGGAAAAUCGAUGAACAAAUAUUGAGAAAGAUUCCAAUGCCUUCAAACAAUGAUAAGAAGACCCAAUAGAUUCAGUUUUGGUGUUAUUUGUAGGUGGCAAUAGCAUCAGGAGAGGGGAAUUUGAUUGAGAAAAUUAGAGGAGUGCAAAACGGAAUUGAUGUCGCAAAUGUUGUAUGCGUUGAAGCCAAGGGUUUGGAACUCAAGGAAGAUAAUGUUCAUUCAACAACACAAACUGAAGUAGAAUUGGGACAUGUUGGAUGAAGCUUCUCACCCAUUUUUUAACAAACCCCCCCCCCCCCCCCCCCCCCCCC